AUGAGUAGAAGAAGGGGAAAGGAACCCCAGGGUCAGUCUAGUACGGGAGGCCAAGAGGCCAGGGACCCCAGGUUCGAUGAAGUGAUGGAGACCCUACGAGAGAUAGGGCAUAUCAUGGGAUUGCAAGCUCAAGAAAGGGCCGCAGCUUAUGCCCAGGCUGCCGAGGCCGCGCCAAUUGCUGGGAAUGAAGGAAAUCAAUCCCAGCCAGGGCAGGCUCAACCAGUAGGGGUUAGGCAGAUGCCCCAGUUAGUAGACCAAUUCAUAAAGUUGAAGCCGCCUAAAUUUCAUGGUCGUGGUGACCCUGAGAUCGCACCGAGAUGGGUGGAAGAACUGGAGAAAACCUUCAAGGUUUUGGGGUGCACUGAUGAGGAGAAGGUAACAUUGGCGGUUUAUCAGUUGCAGGAUGGCGCAAAUGAUUGGUGGAAGGCCACAGAAGGCAGAGUAUUCCCUGAAGGAACGGCACCGACUUGGGCGAUAUUUGUUGAGAAUUUCUAUGAGAAGUAUUUCUCGGAAAACGCCCAGGAAAAGAAGUUGAUGGAGUUUAUGCGGUUGCGCCAAGGUCAGAUGACGGUUGACCAGUAUGAAGCGGAAUUUGCUAGGCUGGCGAAGUUCGCACCGACUAUGGUGGAAAAUCCGCGAGACAGAGCUCGAAGAUUCCGGGAUGGAUUAAAGCCGGAUCUUCAGAGUCUGAUUCUGUCGCAUGAUAUUAAGGAUUAUGGGGAGAUAUAUAGACGGGCUCAGAUUAUGGAGCGAGAUCAGCAGGAAAGGGCUGCCGCUUCGGGAUCGCGAUUUGCCCAGAAUAGAGAUAAUCGCCGUUUUGGAAAGAAGCUAAUGGUUGGCAAUCGGCGAUUUGUUCCCCCAGUUAGGUGA